UAUUCAGAUCCAGGAGACGGCGGUUGAAAGAUGGAGAUGGAGGAAAGUUGUGCGAGAAUCUUGCAGGCCCACAUCCGUGGUUUUCUGGUCCGACGGAAGCUACAUAAGGUUCAUCAGGAAUAUUUGGAGGUGGUGCGAGAGAUAGAGGGAGAAGACGUUAUCCUGUGCCCAGGAAAAUGGCUCCUAUCUAUCCCACAGGUCACUGCGUUGGAUAAGGUUCAGAUAACCAGACCAGACAAACCAGAAUAUAAUGGCUUUGCCCAUUCAAAGCUUUCAAGUUCUUCUAAACAGUCUAUAGAAUUCCAGCAUAGAGAAACACCUUUCAACAUAACCUUUGGAGGAAAAGUGCAUGUGAAGAAAACAGAAACACGUAUGCCUUCAUUUGUCCGAGAAAAAGAUGUCCAGAGCCUGGAACAGCAAUGUCAGAAAAUGAUGGAUGACCCUAUCGAGACCCUUGGCCCAAACCAGGAUAUCUCCUUUAUUCAGGGAACAAAAGCAGAAAGGGAAGGUUUCUUUCCAGAGAACAUUAGUCUGGAAAGAGACAGAUGCAUUCAACAGACUGAUGGUCCAGUACGAGAGGUUAGCCAUAUGGAGACUGAUAGUCCAGUGCGAGAGGUCAGCCAUGCAGAGACUGAUGGUCCAGUGCGAGAGGCCAGCCAUGCAGAGACUGGUGCUCCAAUACGAGAGGCCAGCCAUGCAGUGAGUGAUGGUCCAGUACGAGAGGCCAGCCAUAGAGUGACUAAUGGCCGAGUACGAGAGGUCAGCCAUGCAGAGACUGAUGGUCCAGUACAAGAGGACAGCCAUACAGUGGCUGAUGCCCUAGUAGGAGAGACCAGACAUAGAGAUGACAAAAAUAUAGAGGUUCCAUCAAGGACUUCUGACCCUGACAUAAAGCACCACCUACCUCAUUCUAAGGCAAAGGGUACUUUUCCUAGUCUGGAACUGAGAAGAGACAGUAUCUUAUGGUUUGAAGAAACUGUGAAUACAGAUAUCACCAUGAAGACUGCAAGGGAGCUAAGAAAAUACAGAAGUCAUUUGGCUAUGGAGAUCUUGUGGGUGCAACAAGCAAUUGCUAGUAGAAAGAACUAUCUUAUGGUAAGACAGAGGUUGGGAGCCUGUGAUUGAUUUUCCGUGGUUCUGAAAUAAUCUGGAAGCCAGAACAUUUACCAUACCCAGACUUUCACACUUCGAGGAUCAGGCAUCAUGUCCUUCGCUAAAUCUGUCCGGAUGUUGACUUUUUCUGUG